AUGCCCCCCUCAACCCCCCCAACAAUAAUCUCCCCAAAACCAAAACCUGCAUCCACCAAAACACCACCACCACCCCUCCUCCUCCUUCAAAACAACCUCCAAAAGAUCCUCCCCAGAGACCCCAUCGAAGAAAUCCUACGCAAAAGUUCCGACUCCCACAUCCGUUCCCUCCUACGAUCCCUCUGUUCUUCUUCCCAAGAAAUCAAAGAAAAAGCCCAACAACUGCACAAACAAAUCCUCGAAUUACCUGUUGUACGCCCACCGGGUAUUAACUUGUCCGACGGGAAUUAUAUUGUUAUUCCUAAUAAAUAUAAUCCUAGGAAGAGGAAGCCUUGGAAUAUUAAUAAUAGCGGUGGUACUGCUGAUGGUAAUAAUGGUGGUGGUGGUGGUGGUGGUGUUAACACUGGUACACCUGGCAAUGGUUGUGUGGUGGUUGGAGAGGAAACGACGGGGAGGAGGUAUAGAGGACAGGAGACUUAUAAUCGGAUGAUGUCUUCGUUUUAUCAGACGGAGAGGAAUGCCAGACGGAGGUUUCGGUUUGGAAGGUUUGAGAUGGGUGGUAGUAAUAAGGGUGGUGGUGAUAACGAUACAAAAACAUCAUCAUCAUCAUCAUCUCGAAGGAAAUGUCAAGAUCAACUUAGUCCUACUUCUAACAAUAACACCAGUCUUCCCGUCUCCCCACGCACAAAGGUUCUGGAAAUGAAUCCGAGGGAUUCUAUACAACAACAACCACCGCCACCAGCAUACUCACCCCCACUAUCAAUAACCUCACUCGAUCAUAUCGAUUAUAAUAAUAAUCAAGAAAGGGUAUCAACUCUCCAGAGUGAAUAUCACCAAUGUAUUACUACUACCAAUGGUAAUAAUAACAUCAAUAUCGGUGGAUUCGCAGAAAUGGAACCGAUAAGGUUACCAUCGAUCAAUGAAACGAUAUUUAGGAGGACAAUGAGUUAUAGUCUCGAGUUACCACCGAUUUUGGGAUUGGGAUUGGAGGUUAAUUAUAAUGUUAUGGAUGCGGUGACGGCGGAGUUGUCGUAUGCUAGUAUGAAGGGGUUGGAGCCUGGGGAGAUUCGGAGCGCUGCGGCGGGGGGGUUGGAGUUUUGA